GGUCCAACAAAGUGUAAUGCAGAAUUCAGUAAUUUAUAAAUUACUUUUUUUUCUGCAAGAGCUCAACUGAAUAACACUUAAUGAAGGAAAGUAAAGGCUUAACUUAACCAUUUGGUACAUUGUGAUUCCUGCUCUUAGUAAAUUUGAAAUUCAGCAGUUUUAAAUAUGGAAGGAAGUGAUGAACCUGAUCAGCCUAUCUCAGCAGGGAGGCAAGAAAUUCGAAAGAAAAGAAAACUGAGCCAACCAAUGGUAGACAAAUCCCAACAGACUGAAGUGUCAGAGAUAAAGAAGCACUUGCCCAUACCACAAUCAUGUGGCCCCAAAGCUAACCUUAAUAUUAGUAAUAUUCCUGGAAGCAAAGUCAACUAUGAGUCUCUUAGAUUAUCUUCUCAGCUUCAGCAAACUUGGACAAAGAGAAAGCGUGUGCAAGAUAAGGCUGAUAAAUCUUUGCAGACAGACAUUCCUAUUGAAGAGAAAAAGGAAACCGAGCCAGGUGAUGCAACAGUGGUACCUAAAGAAAAGCCAGCUGCUGUUGGAGAAGCAGCUUCCGAGUUUCCAGAGAGUGUUCAUGAAGUAGAACUUCCACCAAGCAAACACUCAGGUCAACUAAAAUCAGAAAGAUCUGAGCAAACCAUUUGUACUGGAAACGCAGACAAAGAACAGAAGAGCUUGGGUGAAUCAAAAAUAGUUGGCAGGCCAAGUAGUUCUUUUUCAAAGUCAAAGGAUGCUGUGCAGAAACGUAAAUCCUCAGGGAAGAUUUUAAUUACUGAGCAUCCUGCAUUUCAACCCGCAUCAAGUAGCAAUGAGGAAAUUAGGAAGAAAAGUAUCAAUAGAUCUUCAUUUAGUCAACAAAUGAAAGAAGAUACUCCAGUACUUUUAGAUGAGCAUGACGUGGCAGUUGAAGUACAGCCUCCCAUGGUGGAAAAGAUCUCUGCUGAAGUACAAUCUCCACCAGCUGAGAAGACUACUGCAGAAGAGACCCCUGGUGAAUUUCAACCUCCACCAGCUGAGGAGGCUUCUGCAGAAGAGGCCCCUGCUAAGGUAGAGCCUAUCCCUGUUGAAGAGUCUAUUUCAGAAGAACCUCCCUCUGAAGUUCAGCCUCCAAUAGUUGAAGAGGCCCCAGGUGAAACUGAGCCUUCCCCAGUUGAAGAAGCUCCGACAGAGGAGGCCCCUGUUGAAAUUCAGUCUUUACCAGCUGAGGAAAUCCCUGCAGAAGUCCCUGCUAAACUAGUAUCUAGUCCUGCUGAAGAGGCUCUUUUAGAAGAAGAGCCUUCUGCUGAUGUUAAGCCUCCAUUAACUAAAGAGGCUCCUACACAGGAGGCCACAGGAUUUCAAUCUCCACCACCUGUAGAGGCCCCUGCAGAAAAGGUUCCAGCUGAAUUUCAGCGUCCAUCAGGCGAGGAGGCUCCUACAGAGCAGACCACUGCAGGAGAGGCUCCUGUCAAAGUUGAGUCUCUACCAGCUGAGGAGGCCCCUGCAGAAGAGGCCCCUGUUGAAGUUCAAGCUCCACCAGCUAAAGAGGCCCCUGCAGAAGAGGCCCCAGUUGAAGUUCAAGCUCCACCAGCUGAGGAGGCCCCUGCAGAAGAGGCGCCAGUUGAAGUUCAAGCUCCACCAGCUAAGGAAGCUCCUGCAGAAGAGGCCCCAGUUGAAGUUCAAGCUCCACCAGCUAAGGAGGCCCCUGCAGAAGAGGCCCCAGUUGAAGUUCAAGCUCCACCAGCUGAGGAGGCCCCUGCAGAAGAGGCGCCAGUUGAAGUUCAAGCUCCACCAGCUAAGGAAGCUCCUGCAGAAGAGGCCCCAGUUGAAGUUCAAGCUCCACCAGCUAAGGAGGCCCCUGCAGAAGAGGCGCCAGUUGAAGUUCAAGCUCCACCAGCUGAGGAGGCCCCUGCAGAAGAGGCCCCAGUUGAAGUUCAAGCUCCACCAGCUGAGGAGGCCCCUGCAGAAGAGGCGCCAGUUGAAGUUCAAGCUCCACCAGCUGAGGAGGCCCCUGCAGAAGAGGCCCCAGUUGAAGUUCAAGCUCCUCCAGCUGAGGAGGCCCCUGCAGAAGAGGCUACACCUGAAGUUCAAGCUCCGCCAGCUGAAGAGACCCCUGCAGAAGAGGCUACACCUGAAGUUCAAGCUCCACCAGCUGAAGAGGCCCCUGCAGAAGAGGCCCCAGUUGAAGUUCAAGCUCCACCAGCUGAAGAGGCCCCUGCAGAAGAGGCUACACCUGAAGUUCAAGCUCCACCAGCUGAAGAGGCCCCUGCAGAAGAGGCCCCAGCUGAAGUUCAAGCUCCACCAGCUGAAGAGGCCCCUGCAGAAGAGGCCCCAGUUGAAGUUCAAGCUCCACCAGCUGAGGAGCCCCCUGCAAAAGAGGCUACACCUGAAGUUCAAGCUCCGCCAGCUGAGGAGGCCCCUGCAGAAGAGGCUACACCUGAAGUUCAAGCUCCACCAGCUGAGGAGCCCCCUGCAAAAGAGGCUACACCUGAAGUUCAAGCUCCGCCAGCUGAGGAGGCCCCUGCAGAAGAGGCUACACCUGAAGUUCAAGCUCCGCCAUCUGAGGAGGCCCUUGAAGAAGAAGCUACACCUGAAGUUCAAGCUCCACCAUCUGAGGAGGCCCUUGAAGAAGAGGCUACCCCUGAAGUUCAAGCUCCGCCAUCUGAGGAGGCCCUUGAAGAAGAGGCCCCAGUUGAAGUUACAGCUGCAGCAGCUGAUGAGGCCCCUGCAGAAAAGGUCCCUGUUGAACUUCAGCUUUCACCAACUGAAGAAACGACUUCAGAAAUUGUCCCUGUUGACAAAAAACUUGCAUCAUCUGAAGAGGCCAAUAUUACACAUAUCUCUAUAAAACACUCCGUUGAUGAAGUUCAGCCUCCACCAUCUAACACACCUCCUGCAGAUGAGGCUCUGGUAGAGAAUGUGUCUACUGAAUAUCAAUCUUCCAAGACAAUAGAUGUUCCAGAAUCAGUGACUGUAAAAGAGAAUCCAAAAUAUGAAGGGCCUUUACCAUUGGAUACUGUUUCUGAAUAGGUUUCUACUAUUGAAAUGAGUGUCAACCAUAUAGCACUAAAGGAGGGGCCUCUUCCACAGCUGUAGUGAAAUCUUGAUGAAGCUAGCUAUCAGCGGCUAGGGGGUUCUGGAACUGCAUACUUUACAACAGGGUAGUCAUUGGGAAGUAGGUUUGUGAACAGGGAAAUGAAAGGAAACCCCAAGAUGUGGCCUGCAGGUUGGAAAAUGAAUAAUAAAAACGAGUGGUUUAAAAUUA